AUGCUCCAUGCGUCUAUUGCAUUCAUUUUGCAAUUUAUUUUGAUUUUCCAGAUAAAGUUAGCUAAUGGAGAAGAUCUAUUACAAGAUCGUUCUGUUGCUUGUACAGCUUCAACUAUGGAUGUCUCGUUAUCGUUUAGUAAAGGAUUUAGUGGAAGUAUAUUUACGGAGAAAGGCUUCUCCAAUCCAUCGUGCAGAUGGUCUGGAAAAGGAGAUACAAAUAUGGAUUUAAAAAUUCCUUUAAUGAGCAACACAACAGACUGUGGUGUAGCAUCUAAUGAGACGAAUGGAGAAUUUACUGUAAAAUUAAUAAUAAGUCCAGUCGAAGGAUUAAUUGUGGAUGGAUUCUCAGCUAUAAAUAUUCGUUGUAUUUACAGCACACAAGAUAUUACAUUAACAUUACCUCCUGGACUCAAUGGAAAUGCAUUACAAAUAAGUGGUACACAUGCUGAAGCUGGAGGGGUUGUUACUGGUAGUGGAGGGGCACCCAUAUUAUCCAUGCAGAUAUUGGAUGGACAUGGCAUUAAUGGUCAGCCUGUAGCUCGUGCUGCUGUCGGACAACGAAUCACCUUAGAUCUUGUACUCAAAGACACAUCAAUUUAUGAUUUUUAUGUUCAUUCCUGCUAUGCGCACGACGGUACUAACACUCCAGACGCCAGCAUCAAUAUUGUUGACAACAAUGGUUGUGGUGUUCGAUUAUCUCGAGCAAUUGAUGUGCCGGCGUUCACAACGGAACCUGCUAAUCAUGGCCCAAAACAUGUUUAUCUUCAUAUGUACGGAUUUCAAUUUACUUCAUCGCAGUUUGUGCAUUUUGAAUGUCAGGUGAAGCCAUGUGUUCAUUCAUGUCAUCGUGAGCAAUGUGAGCCAGAAAAGGAGGAAAAUAAGAUACCAUUGAUACCAGCUGCACGUCGUCGUCGACAACAACAUGAAGAUAAUCUUAAAACGCUACGUCUUCAAACUGUCCUUCAUAUAGAAGAACAACAAUUUCAAAAAGCUGCAUUAGUGUCUGCUGAAGAGCCCGCAGCUACAUCUGCAUGCCUACAAGUUAAUUCUGUUUUAUUCAUAUGUCUAUUCUUUGCAUUAGCCAUCAUAUCUAUUGUUACGACUGGUAUGCCAUCAGCUACAGCUCUUGGAAGUAAUGUUGCUGAUCCUCCACGAGGACAGCCGCCAUCCUAUAAUGAAGUUGUUCUUGGCGUAUCUCCUCAAAUGUCAUCCAACUGCCAUUCUCUAUAUCAAUCAUAUUAUCUGCCUGAUAAUGUGACAGUUACUCGUUGUCGUCCACGUCGAACAUUCUUCUUUCAACGUCAGAUAAGUGGACGUCAGUGGUGCUUGAUAUUCACAGCGUUCUUUAUUCCACCAAUCAUCAUCACCAUAAUACUUAUGUGUACCGUUUUUACCAUGUAA